AUCUUCAACAGACUCUCGAUUCUUUCUCCAGCAAUUACUAUCUCUGCAAAGCUGAUUGACGGGCAAGCAGCCAAUCUCUCAAUAUAAUUGCCUUGAAGAGUGUUCAUGAACAUGUCCGCCAUCUCCCUUUCAGACAUAGGGGGUUGGACGGACGCAACAAUCUGUCUCCAACGCUGAGCAUACUCUCUAAAGGUUUCCUUGGCAGUCUGAGACAUACCUUGCAACAAGGUCCGAUUUGGAGCCAUGUCCAAGUUGUAUUGAUAUUGCUUGAUAAAAGCCUCUGCCAAGUCUUUCCAGCUCUUGAUGGUAGUACGAGACAAAUGAGAAUACCAUUCACGAGAAGCUCCAGUUAGGCUGUCUUCAAAAUAGUACAUCCACAACUUUUCAUCUUCUGUGUGAGCUCCCAACCUUCCCAGAUAAGAUUGGAGAUGAGUGCAUGGGCAAGAAGCCUCGUUGUAUUUCUCAAAAGUAGGGGGUUUAAACUUGUGAGGAAUCCUUACUCCCUGAACCAGACCAAGAUUUGUGACAUCAAAGCCUAAGGAAUUUUGAGACUCCAAAGAUUUGAGCUUCUCAGCAAGCUCAUCCAUACGGCAAGUGGUCUCGAGGGCCUCGUCGUGCAAAGAAAAUUGAUCACACUGAUAAUCUUCAGUAACGGGGUGCCCGUUAAUCCGAAUUCCUUGAUUCACAUUGUACCUUCCGCCAAUACCAUUUCCAACAUUCCCUGUGUUGCCAACAUUACCCGGGUUUCCAUCAGCAUUUGUGUUACCCGCGUUACCAGUGUUCACAGGGUUAUCACCGUUCCCAGGGUUACCAGGGUUUCCCUCAGCAUUUGGUAUCUCCAAAUCUGGAUUGGGCCUCGGUUGCUCAACCAAUUCCCUCAGCUUUUCUUGGCCUGCUGCCAUACCAGUCAUCAAUGUCAUUAACUGAUCCAUCCUUUCACGCAUAUCAGCCAGCUCUUUCUGUACUUGGUCCAUCGCUAGUUGUGGACGAUUUUCCUUUGUCGGGUACCUGUGGACUCGCUUGGGACCAAUAACUGCCUGAUACAGGGAACAAACAUUAGACACUGCGGUGACACCUGCAAAACAGACAAGGGUUAAUAUGCAUGGUAUGCGAUGCACUGCUUGUUCAGUUUUAAGGCACCCCCGUUUUGAAAGGGAAUACCCUGCAAAUGAAUAAGCAUGAGAUGUUGGAUGCAAAUAUGCAGAUGAUGUUAUGCAAUGCAAAGGCCUGUCAAUCAGAAUUGAUGUAUCUGCUUGAACAUUUGUCAGGUUGCACUGUCUGGAGAGAAAUUAAGAGCACACCAAACAAAGGUCAUGGGAUGGAUCAUGUUAUCCUUAAUAUCAACCACCCAUUUUGGUGGAUUAUGGUUUACAUCUUAUCAACACCCGAGUUCUAUUGAUAUUAAGGAUACCUGAUCGGAUUAACCAUGAAUCAAGGGUUUGUUGCAAGUCACGAGCAUGGAGUUUAGGUUAAGAACCACCCAAAAGGAGUGUACUAAGGUUUAAACCUGCCAAACAUGUUCUACAAAAGGUUCCCAUAGUCAUAAUCCCAUCUUUCGGAUAUUAUCAGAGGAACGACUACUCGUAUUCCAACAAUAUUCUCAAGAGAGACUCUUAUGAGUGUAGUAUCGCGUAACAAUCGUAUCAAAUCUUACACUUGAACGACUUUCGCACUACGUCCUACGAAUAGGCCAAGAUGGGUUUGGUAAACUAAGGUCCUCGGCUUCUAAGGUCUAUAUUGGAACAAGUAAUGUCUAACCACAACUUACUUAUGUGACAUUAUUGAUCUCAACAUGACCUCCACCAAGUGAAUGGGCUUGCAAGUCAACUCGCUAAGGAAUAACUCCACACAAGUCGACAGGACUAUGCCAUUCUCCUAUCCUAAGUGCACUCGAGUUCGGGUAUAGAACUCAUCUCACAAAGAUCACCAAGCAGCCAUAGCCAGCCAACAGAUAAAGCAAUGAUAUGUACACAAUGCAAUAAGGUAAAGCAGGUAAAUAAAUAACCGUACAAAAGCAUGAACACCCAAUAAACAAACUACAAAAGCUAGGAGGGACUCGCUUAGGGAAACCGGGUCCCCAGCAGAGUCGCCAGCUGUCGCAACCUGAAAAAUACAGUGCGAAAAAAAAAACAACCGGCGAAAGAAAAAGACAGAAGAGUCGCCACCGUGCGUUAUUCAUCCCAAAGGAGGGAAAGGAAACGCUCGAAGUAAACCUGAAAAAGGAAAGGACAAGACGGGGUCUCGCAACCAAAUCUUGGGUUCGGGAGUCGGUUAUGCGAAGGGAAGGUAUUAGCACCCCUACGCAUCCGUAGUACUCUACGGGAUCCACUUAUGUAGUUCUUGUCUAAAGGGUAUGGGUUUAUCUAAUGUACUAUUUACUAAAAAAGGGUUAAAGAAAAAGGACUCGCGCGGAUGUUGCACCCACUGCAUACGUAUCUCAUCUGAAUAUGAGAAUCAGAGUCUUCGUAGCUCGGCUAACCUAUGGGUUGGGGGAUGUGUGCUCGCUAAGACAUCGCGUCUUAUGCCUACGUAUCUCAUCUGGCCUGAGAAUCAGAGCAACACGUAGUUCGGCUAACUACGGGGUUAUGGAUUGGGUUUUGGGCGAACAACGUUACUACGCAAUCUACCGGAUGCUCGACCUUUGGAGACUUACUCGCCUGUAGUAGAGGGAGUUAGCGUGUUGCUUUGGGUUUUAGGGUUUGGGAUGCUCGAGGGAAAAAGGGCAGUCCUUGACGAAGGAACCGCGCUACCUGCAGGGAUAUGAAUACAAAACACAAAACAUGUAUCUCAAAGUAAAAUGCCACCAAGGGGCUCAAACGUUGCCUCCUAUCGAGGUCUUCCAGCUAGGAAAGCAGUAAAAUGCGAGAAAAAUGUAAAAGUACCACGCGGAUAAAGAUCCGAAGUAACAGCAAUUAGAGGAAUGGGAAACCCUGAGAUCCUUCCAAGCUAAUGCCAUCAAAGAAAAGUGAGUCAGUACAGGUAAUCGGAAUGAACCUCCAGGGGUUAUUGUAACACCUCAAAAUUUGCCCUCCUCUCUUGGGACUAGCUUAACAUAUUGCAUAUCAUUUGUAGGUCAUUAGGCAUUGCAUAUUGCAUAUCAUGUGGUUACAUUGUGCAAGUCAUCCUCAUGAGUCUUGAUCAGAAGAUGAAGAGGUCAUGAUGCAAGCUAGGGUUUCAUUGAAUAGACUGGAUCACUAAUCAUCUGAGGGUGGUGAUUCAAAUUAGGGUUUCUUGAUUCUCAAGGGGAUUGGUCUUCAUAUUGGUUGCAAUGAUACAUCAUCAUCAUCAUGGUCUUGAUAUUAUCCAAGAGGUUCAAGAGAUUGAUCAUAUUCCUUGAGAUUAGGGUUUUGACCACUAGUCAACCCUAAUCAGUUACAUUGGGCCAAUCAGGGCAUGGCAAGGAGAUGAGGUCUACAAUGGAUAUGGGGAUCAUUUCAUGAUUAUAUUGAGCUUAUUGAGGCUAGGGUUUCAUCCUUGAGCCAUUUCAUCAGAAGAUUGGGGCUCAACUUGAUCAGUGCAUUGCCAAAUUCAUCUAUCAAUUGAAAAAGUCAACUGUGGUCAACUGUGCUUGAUUUUAUGGAUUUGGAGGUGGGAGAGAGUUGGAUACACUUCAUUCAUGUUGAAACAGGUUUCAUUUGACAUGUCAAACAUCAAGAAUGAAGAAAAUAAAAUCAGGAGAAAAGUUGCCAAAAAUGGAAAGUGACUUGUAAUGGAAGUUUCCAAAAAUGGAAAGUUUUUCACCACAAAAUUACAUGUCCAAAAAAGCUUCAAAUGAAAAUUUGUCCAACAUGAAAGUUGUAUAUCUUGCUCUCACCUUUCCAAAAAGUCCAAGAACUUGAAAUUCUCAUGUAUGGUUGACAAGUUAUGGUCCAUUCAUUUUCCAAAAAGGCCUAUAAUCAAAGUGGCAUAACUUUCACAUGGAAUGUCCAAUUUGGGUGAUCUUUUUGUGAGCAAACCCCAUUUCACAUGUACUUUCAUGGUGUAUGGUCCAAAUUCAUCAAAAAUACUCAUAGCAAAAAGUCAAAUUUCAAGUGGAUUUAAGUGCAUUUUUGGUGUGAACAUGUGAUUCUGAGAAAUACUUGGAAUUUGGACAUGAGACCAAUGCCAACACACUCCAAAUGCAAAAUGUGGCUUGUGUGAACUGUCAUGAGCUGUCAUGGUGCAUAAUUGGAGAAGGUCAUUUUUGGACUUUCAUUGAAAAUGCAAUUAACACUAAUCACUUGGUUUUGUUAAUUGUGAUUAAGGAAAUGGAUUAGGAGAUGGUAUAUAUCACUAAUCAUAACAGAAAAUGCUAACCACUUCACAUUCUCCAAGAUCUGUAACCACUUUUCCCUCCAUUUUCUCUCAAAUUCUCCAAGAACUUCAUCAACAUUUUUCAUUAAUUCUUCACCAAAUCUGCAUCAAUUUGCAUGAUUCUUCUUGAUUCACUCUCCACAAGCCUUGAUAUACAUCUGUUUUGGCAAAUUCGUGGCAAUAGCAUCAAGAUCAUGGACUGUUGCAAGCUUGCACUACAAUGGCAACAUGAUGAUUCUUGCACAUGAAGCAUCUCUGAGCUAGGUUGGCCUUUCCAAUCAUCUUCCUAUACAUCAAUAUCCAUCUGUUUUGGCGAAUUACACCUUGAAGCAUCCAAAUCGAGCACUGCCAUUAACACAAGGUGAUUUUUCGAAUUUCGCCUUUGCUCAAAUCAUGAUAUGCGUUUUAAAGAUCAUUCAAUGUAGAUGAACAUGAUAUGCAUAGUUUUUGAUUUGGUUGAGUGAGGUGAGAGAAAUCGCGAUUUGAAGCUUGGUGUUCAUUUCUUAAAUCGCUCGAUCCCGUCGCUAUGCUUAGAGUUAGGUUAAACCGUUUACAUAUUCAUGAUGUACAUGUUGAGACGGUUCUAGUGAUAUAUGGUUUGUGCGUUUUGGUUACGAUUUGAUGUUCUUCAUGUUCUGGAAUUUUCUAAACUUGUCUUGGUGAAGAACGUGAUAAGAACGCGUUUGAUCUUGUUUUGCCAUUGCCUGCGUUUGAAUUGUGUUUCCCGCCAUUCCCUGUCCAAUCAGCGAGCGCCAACCAGUUUAAUGAAGCGACCGCGUUUUGGUCUGGUCCCUAAGAAUUACAGUUUUGCCAUUUCAGAUUUAAUUUGUUUUAUUAUUUCAUUUCUUUUUUGCAAUUCAUUUUCAUUUGAUUACAUGAUCUUGUAAAAAUCAUAUCUCAUUCAUUUCUUGUCCAAUUUUGGUGAGAUUUUUUGCAUUGUUCUUAUUGUAAUGUGUAGAACUUUAUCAUGAUUUUUAUGAUUUUUUUGCACGUGUAGAAAAUUAAUUGGUUUAGGGAUUGAGUGUAUGUGUCACAUUUGUGUAUAUCAUGCCAUAUCUCUCAUGAAAUGAUGAUGCCUUCAAAUAAAUGGAUGAAAUUUUUUGUGCUUGUUCUGGACAUCUUGAUGGUGAUUUUCAUGUAGAGUUUAUGAUUUUUGGAUACUUGGUGAAGGAGAUAUGAAUUUUUGAAUUGAGGUGUGACAAUUUGUGUCACACCAAGCUAGGUCAACUUCAUGAUUUUAUUUGAGAUGCUUAGGGACCUUGGAUUGAGCCAAUUUUUUGCAUGAUUGAACAUAUGUAUGUUGAGAUCACAUGAGAUUUUUUCUGGAAUUUUUGAUGGCUUUUUCUAAUUGAUUGUGAUUUUCUCUUCUGUUGAACCAUUUUGUGACAUUGUGUGACACAUGAUUGUAUUUUGUUUGUGAAAUUCUCAUAGUGUAUUGGAUGAGUGUGAAAUUUGACAUGUGGAUUGUAGACACAUUACAGGUCAUUGUGGUUUUGAUCCCAUUCAUUUAUCUUGUUGUGACACUGUUUUGUGAUUUUUGGAAGUUGAUGUUUGUUUGGAUACCAUGUGUUGGCUUGUUUGAAAUUGUCUGAACUUCUUGAUUUUCAUUGCCCUACUUCCUUUUGUCCAAUUGAGCUGAAAUUUGACAUGCUAUCCAUUGAAUGUGUCCUGUUUAGGUGUGAAUUUUUGUGGAAUUAAUUGAAUGGUUUUGGUAUGCUUUUGAUUGAGAUAGUUCUGUUUGGUCUUUUGAAGUUGCAAAUUGCAUGUUUGAUGCUAAAUUAUGCAUGAAAUGAUAAUGAUGAAUGAUAUGAGCAUGGGACCAAUUGCAUUUGCUUUUGAUUUGUUUAAAUGUGAUUUUGGAUAAUUUUCACUUGCUGUUUUGGAUUUUUCAUCCCCUUUGGACCCUAGGCUUGGCCUAGUGGUCUUGUUUCUCACUUUUGAAUUGGAUUUUCAGGUUGGGAUGCAAAAGGCUUAAGGAGGAAAAUUCAAGUUAAUUAAGUUGACUUGUGAAUUGUGUGAACUAACUUGUUUUGUGUUGUAGGUUUGAUGCUUGAGCUUGGGCUCAUGGCUUGCACUUAUGUGCAUUAACUUGUGUUGACUGUACAAAUUGACUGUUUGACUUUUGUUAUUUACUGUUGGUUUGUCUGAGUACUGAUGAUACUUGAUUGAUUUCAGGUACAUUUAGUUGCUUACAGUUCCUUGAGAACUUGCUUGCUGUUGCUUGGUUUUAAACCAGUUGAGGGACAUUUUGAUCGAGAUCCUGGUUGAGAGACUUUCUGCUCAGAUAUGAGGCCCGGUUUGAAAGAUGAUGUUGCCUACAGUUUCUUCAACCCAGAGAUUGAUGAGUUGAGAGAUAUGAUAGCAUUGAUUACACCCGACCAUGUGGGGAUGUUCAGAGAGGCAUACGGUGGUAUCCUGAAGAUGGUUUUCAGACUCACUGACAGUGACAGAAGCGCCAUUCAUACUCUUCUCCAGUUCUAUGACCAGGGGCUGAGAUGUUUUGUCUUCCCAGAUUAUUUCUUGGGACCUCUGAUGGAGGAUUAUGCUAGCAUUCUGGGUGUUCAGAUCCGCGAUCAGAUUCCUUUAUGUGCUAUUAGGAAAGAGCCUGAUGUCCUUGGGAUUUCCCGUGCUCUUUAUUUGAGUCCGGAAGUGACCAAGGAGGGUUUGAAGGAGAAAGGAAAGUUACCAGGUUUUCAUUUCAGUUUCUUGGAGGCUAAGGCCAAGGAAUAUGCUGCUGCGGGUAACUGGAAGACGGUUUUUGCUUUGAUUGCUGUGAGCAUUUAUGGUGUCAUCAUGUUUCCUAAUCAGAAGAGCUUUGUGGACCAUAAUGCCAUCAGAUUGUUUAUGCAGAGAAACCCUAUUCCUACUCUGAUCGGAGAUGUUUACUACUCGGUUCAUAACAGGAAUGAGAAGCGGCGUGGGGGUUUGAUCCGGUGCUGUACUCAGUUGCUAUUCCGGUGGUUUAUGGGAUACUUUCCUUCCCGAGGUGCUUUUGCUCAUAUUGAUUCUACGGUCAAGUGGUCUGUCAGAUUGAUGGGUUUGCGGGCUGAUGACAUUGCUUGGACUCAUAAUGGUAUGGCUGGACGGGAUUUCAUAUAUAGCUGUGGGAGAUUUCCCAAUGUGCCUCUCAUAGGGGUUCAGGGUUGCAUUAAUUACAACCCGACGCUUCUUAGGAGACAGAUGGGGUUUGCCAUGGAGGUUCCUCCUCUCGAGCGAGAGAUUCAGGAGUCCUUUUACUUCUCAGCUGAGGGCGAUCAGGCCAAGUUGAUGCAAGUGUCUGGGUCAUGGCGUAACAUUCAGAGAAAGGGCAAGGUCCCGUUUGGCAAGGUCAACAGCCGGUCUUUUCCUCUAUUUGAUGAUUGGUUGCGGAAGAGGAUAGAGCUCACACUUCUACCAUUUCCGGGAGGUGAUCCUUGGUGUCCUAUGAUUGAGGGUCCGCGUUCUUCAGUCAGUAUGGAAGAAUUCCUCGAGAUGAAGAGGGCCAGAGAUCAGUUGCUUACAGAGAAAGCUGAAUUGGAAAUGAGUGUUGCUCGAAUUCAGAUGGCCAACCAGGAGAUCAGAGUAAAGAUGGAGGAUCAGGACAAGCGACAUGCCCUAGAAGCGAAGCGCUUUGAGAUGGAUACUGCCUAUUAUGGGAAGAUCAGCCAAGCCUUGGCAUCUUCAGCAAAGGAGCAUGACAUCACCAAAGAGAGAUUGGCUAGAGCUUCAAAGGUCGUUGAAGAUCAGAAGAGGAGGCAAAUCCUCGUGAGAGAUCAGAGAGAUGCCAGAGCCAGAGUCCUUGCUGCAGAGUGGGAAGCGGAGAAAGCAAAGAUCGUUGUCGAGAGAGAUCAUUACAUUGCUGAGAGAGAUCAUUACUUCAGGCAGAUGAAGAUUCACCAGAAGGAGGUGGGGAGAUUACAGCAGGAGAAUACCGAGCUCAGGUUCGCCGCAGAGUUCGCUAGGAUGGUUGAUGAUGUAGGGCCAUCUGUGGGACCCUCAUCAGGCUAGCCUUUCUUAUUUGUGGAUUACCGUCAGGCAUGUUGACGGAAUUCAUUUGCUUGUAUUUCUUUCCGGAUUCUGGAGAAUUGUAUCUGAUUUGAUGUAUGACUAUGGCACUUAUUGUGCAGUUUGCUA